UGUUACUCAACUGUGUUACAACAUAUUCAAAUGUUACUUGACCAUUUCAGCCCCUCCUACAUCUUCAAUCACCUACCUAGUACUGACUGUACUGUAGGUAUUCAAUUGAUUCAAGUUGCAUUAAGAAACAUUUAUUCCGAGCUACAUACCUAUACCUAUACUUCCAACAAUAUAUCUGCCUACCAUUCCCGUCCUUACAUACUACAUGUAGUAAAUACUCCCCCCAUACUCAGUAUUUACGUCGAUUUCUAUAAGCUACUAUUCGCAAAGGCUUAUGCAUCUUCGCGACAGUAAAACAAAAUGAUACAAUGUCUGGGUCAAAUCAAGACCGGACAAGGCGUGUUGAUCUUAGUAUCAACCGCCUUAUUUCACAAUUAAUACCAGACGACCCUCAAUUAAGCGACGAGGAUGCCCAGCAAAGACAUGACUUAUUCUUCGACGAGAUUAAGCAGCAAUUAAACCAACCACGACCGCCUCCCCUUGCCGACCAGAAUCAUGCCUCCGAACUCAUUAGACGAAGGCUGGUGCAGACAAAUCCGAGCCAGGCCUUACGCUACUCCAAUCUUUACUCGAGGUUGCUAGCAUUGCCUGUUUUGAACCAAAAAUGGGCCAUGCUAUACCUUCUCUACCAGCUAGCCGACUCGCCAGACCCUGAAGAACCCGAUCCUGUCGCCUUUGCCGAGUUUCAGCAGGAGCAAGCCAAGCGAAGGAAACAGGAGGAAAGGGAAAGAGACGGGCUUGCUUCAAGUGGUCCUUCAAAUCAAGGAAGCGGCGAGUCUUUUAGACGUGACCAACCUUCCGACGAUUAUCAUCCUACAGAACUACGAGAUGUGCUUAAGAAACCCCAAGACAUGAAGUCUUUUGACGGGGAAUCCCAGCGGCCUUCAACUGCUAGUGACCAUAAGCGUAGUAGGGCUUCUAAGGAUGAACCCCCUCCAAGUCCACCCAAGAGAGGUGUUGCUAUAAAAUCUAAGCUUCUGGCGGAUAAUUACUGUGAUAUCGACCCUUCUGAGCCCGUUCUUCUUCGAGAUCUACCCUAUACCCUCCAGGGGCUCUCUUCAACUACUCUUCCGUUCGGCAAGGACUACUCCCUCAAACUGCCUUCCACCCUCCCCCCCCCUUUAAUUGGCAUCCUCCACACUCUAGGCGAACCCUCGCUACUUUACCGCAACCUUGAAGACUUUGUCAAGACACCUGCUGAAGGACUACUUGGUCAAAGUCUUCGAGCAGCCAUAAGUAACGAAUUACGUUCCUAUCUCACCCUCGUAGCAACGUUAGAAGGCCAAAUACGACGUGCUUUAUCUACCCUGGAUGAGAGUGCGCCGCGAAGUGGUAUUGGCAAGGCGGGCGUGACUCUAAAACGAUGCGUUGUCUGGACACGCGAAGCAACUAUGGGCCUACGUCUUAUGAGCUUAAUUGCUGAAGAAUCCAAGAGCAAAAAGGGAGGCCAGCUCAUCUCCUUAAUUCAUUCAUUCUCCUCAUCACAUGGCGAUCCUGUAGUUGGCGCUUUUGCUGAGCGUCUCUUAAUGCCUGUUACUCGUCCCUUCUAUGGCAUACUAAGGCAAUGGGUAUACGACGGUGAACUGUCAGACCCCUACCUUGAAUUCUUCGUUCAGGAACAGUCGGCGGAGGCGAUGCCCAAGGGGAAAUCAGGCUCUACCAAUGUCUGGGAAGAUAAAUACGUAUUAGCCGUGGACAUGAUUCCUUCAAUUAUCACAACGGAGUUUUCCGAGAAAAUAUUCCUUAUUGGCAAGUCCCUGAACUUCAUCCGCCACAGCUGUGGUGAUUCACAUUGGGUUGAAUCCUACUCCAAGGAGUCCUCUAAAGAGCUCCGCUACGGCGACACGGCCACUCUCGAAGCUUGGAUCGACGAAGCAUACAAAACCACCAUGCGCCGACUACUACAUCUCAUGACUAAUAAAUUUCACCUCUUCGAUCAUCUCCAGGCACUCAAGAGUUACAUUCUACUUGGUCAGGGCGAUUUCAUCGCGCUCUUGAUGGAAUCCCUCGCCGCGAACCUCGACCGCCCUGCAGGCGCUCAGUACAGACAUACUUUGACAGCGCAGCUCGAGCAUGCCAUUCGCGGCUCCAACGCCCAAUACGACUCCCAGGAGGUGCUGCGCCGUCUUGAUGCCCGCAUGCUGCAGCUUUCUCACGGAGACAUCGGUUGGGAUUGCUUUACUCUCGAAUACAAGAUUGAUGCCCCCGUCGAUGUCGUCGUAUCGGAUUGGGGUAACCGCCAGUACCUCAAGGUGUUCAACUUCCUCUGGCGUAUCAAGCGAGUGGAGUUCGCCUUGUCGUCCACAUGGCGAAAGGUCACUACCGGCUCACGAGGUGUCCUGCAGACACACUAUACUGCCGUAAGCCAGACUUGGAAAACGACACGCGGGUUCCUGGCCGAGAUGGUGCACUUCGUCGGCCAGCUCCAGUACUAUAUUUUAUUUGAAGUCAUCGAGAGCUCUUGGACCGAACUACAGGAGAAGCUAAGCAAGGAAAAUGCUACCCUUGACGACGUUAUCACGGCGCACUCCAACUACCUCAACUCUAUCACGCACAAGGGCCUCCUAGGCGCCCGUCGUCGCCGCUUUGUCAACUCUUCUACGACGGCCACAACCACUACAACCGAGGAAGACGACAACAGCUACAUGAUCCAACUUGGCGAGCUCCUUCGCACCAUGCUCGCCUACCGCGACUGCGUCGACGGCCUCUACUCAUGGUCCGUGUCAGACUUCACGCAGCGCCAGGAGGCGGACCUGCGACGCGUCCCCUCCAACACCGACGGCGCCGAGGGCAUCCCCGGCGGCCCGCAGAGCGAGUUCCCGGCCCUCCACGAGCGCCUCAAGCAUCUCGGCGACAGGUUCCGCACGAAGCUGCAGAUCCUCCUCGGAGACCUCGCGUACCAGCCCGACGUCGACCUCCGCUUCCUCGGCGUCGCGAUGAACUUCAACGAUGUGUAUCAGCCCGUGCGCCGCAAGACUAAGGGGACAGCCGCUGCUAGCACAACGACGACCUCGAGUAAAGACGGCGGCGGCGGUGGCGGUGGCGAUGGUGGGGAAACGUCGAGGACUGAGACUAGGAGUAGGAAGGCUGCGAAGGGGGGAUGAGGGAAUCAGUGUACAGUGUAUGCAUAGUACGAUUACUUCCCAAAGACGAUAACGAUGACGAGACAACAAAUAAAGGAUAACAGACAGGAUGAACUCGAGAGAUUUGGUGAAACCGCCUACCUAGCAUAACUUGUUCAACGCCCCAUCAGCCAAAGCUCGGGUUGGAGCGUUUUAAGUAUACCUAGGGUAUGGGAUGAUACGCACCUACCUACCUACCUACCUGCUCUUCACACGAAAGAGGCAUAGACUCCAGGGAUGCGGAAUCCCAUGCACACCGUACCCGUAUGUUUGGGCACCGAGCUAUAACUACCUAGGUACAUUAGGUCUAUAGUUGUUAGAUACCUAGUACCUACCUAUUUUGCCCUAUCCAUCUUCCACGGUCUCUCUACAAUCAACCCUUUAGAAGAACCUUGAAGUAAAUAAGAUAGGUACCUAUCUCCUACCAGGUAUCUAUCUACGUAAAUAC